AUGCAGCAACAGCAACAAUACAUGCUUAUGCAACAGCAGCAGAUGGGCAUGUUCAAUCACAUGAUGAUGAUGGGAGCGAUGAUGGGCCCGAUGAUGGGGCAAAUAAUAGCCCCGGCGGCGCCUGCUGAUGGGACUUCAAUUCUUUCUGGUGUGAACCCAUCGACGCUCCCAGAUCCUGCCAUGUCACUGGGCAAGGUGGUUGAUGAGGAUGACGACGUGCCGCCGGGUCCGUCCACAAAUAUCAAUCACCCCAACUAUAGGCCUCCGGACAGCGAGCAGAUACCAGGGGUUACUGACCGACGGUGGGAAGGCCGCAUCAAGAUGUGGUUUGAUGACAAAGGCUAUGGCUUCAUUACGAAUGAAGAGCUGAAGAAGAGAUUCAAGGAUCUGGAUGUCUUCUUACAUCAGAAUCAAAAGCGCCACUUCAGGCGAGGAGAUUUGGUGACCUUCAGUGUCUACGCAAACUACCGGGGCACAGAUUCUUGGUCGUGUGAGCCGGAUUAUGCCCUCUACGUGCUGCCGAGAUGCGGUGAGGUUGUUGUGGUAAAGGCAUAUGAGGUGGUUAAUUCGGGGAGGUUGCACGAGAAGGAGAGUUUGUUCGGCAUCCAACUCAGCCAAGGGUUGGAGCACAGAUGCAUUGAGAAAACACAUGCUGCCAAGACAGACAACAGCCAGCAAGAGUUGGUGGCAAACCGGUUUGAGAUGCCGCUGGUGCAGUCACAUGGGUUGGAGCGUUUCCGUACAGAGCUUUUCCUGGAACAGACGGUCAUGAAUGAGUACUUCAAGUCUUUUCCAUCCUUGAUGGCCCCGCCGCCACCUUUGAAGCACUUCGAAGGCUACGCAGGGUCCUUUGCCAGACAUACUGGCGGCAUCAAGGACCAGGCCUUGGCCAUCUCCUUGCGGGACGCUUUGACGGAGCGGGUCACUGCUCCUUUGACACAUCCUGGCUCACCUUGG